GCAGCUCAUCCUUCACCAGCAAAAGCAAAAAAGAUGACAGUCAAAAAAGUGAAAGCUCCCGUCUUACAUCCAGUUCCAAAGCUGGAGCCUAAAGUUGAAUUCAGUCAAAAACACAGGUGGAAGUGAGCCAAACCCAAUUAAACACCACAACACAUACAUCAAAAACAGAAAUCCUUCCACCGCCACAGUCACCGCAGCCAUUGAAGAAAGUUUACAUCGCUCCUGUGAAAUUCACUCCCCCACCUUCCCCUCCUCCUUUCAUGAAAGCAAAAAUGAGCAAAUUUAACACGCCGCUAAUGAAAGCUGAAGAAAAGUACCGGAAGCUGAAGGAGGAAAACACACCCCCAACCACUCCAACUCCCACUUUCAUACAUGACUCAGUUACCGCUGCUCUUGAAAUGCUGUCCACCAAAGAUGCAGAAAUCACACAGGAGAGAGAUGAAAAGACAGCAGUGAGCGUUCAUUCAGAUGCUCUGUCAUGUGAUUUAUCUAAGCAGGUUGUUGUCUCAAAUACCACCCAAAGCAAAGCCAGCGCUCAUCAGGAGACAAUCCUCACACAUUCCACAAUUGUAUCAUCUGCAAACCAGAAAAUUGUCUCUAAUGAGACUUCUAAGGUUAUCUCCGUUCAAAAGGCCCCAUCCGUCUCAGCUGUUAGACAGCAGAUGCAUUCAACUACACAGAAAUCCAUUUCUGUUUCCUCCAAACAGUCUGUUCAGCCUGUCAUGACUGACAAAGUCCAAACAUCAAUCACUGAUGUUACAAAAACAGACAAUAUAACUGCUCAAACAAAGAAAAAUCAAAAAACAAAAGGCUUCAACAAAUCUGAAGAUAAAAAAGAAGACAAAAUCCCUGCUGAAAAAACAAAACCUGACACUGAAUUAAUGCAGUUGUCUAAUAACCUCCGUGAUCUAUCUUCCCAAAAAGAACACGCUACCACAGAGAGACAUGUGAAGGAGAACAAAUCAUCACACAGUGAGAAGAAAACUGAUCGUUCGCCUACCAAGAGCCAAGAGAAUGUCUCCAAUCAGCCAAUGCAAACAGACAAGGCAGCUGCCAGUACAAAUGGAAAAGCAAGCAAAUCAAACCAAAAAGUGAAAAAGAACAAUAAACAAGAAAAGCAAGCAGAGAUAAAGACGUCUAGUGAGAGCGAGAAGCCCAGUGGUUCACAAGAUUCAAAAGCGGAAGUGAAGGAAGCUGCUGUGGUGAAAGUGAUCAAUGAAGCCAAAGAAGAAAAGACAGAGUUAAAGCAGGGGAUUAAGAAAGCUGCCCCCUGUUCACCUGCUGUUACUGGGAGCAACGCUGACAGCCAACCAGAAACUCCAGCUCCAACAAAGAAGAAAAAGAAGUCCAGAAAGUCCAAAAAUGGUGCACAGUCUCCUCAAGGUAAAGAUAUUCUCACAGAAUCUGUUGAAACCAAGAUAGCAACAUCUGAAAAAAGCCACCAAAUUCAUGAAACAAUUGCAGUUGCCCAAAUUCACACAAGUAUGAAAGAAGAGCACAUUCAAGUCAAGAGUGAAGUGAUUACCACAGAAAGCAAAGACGCUGCGAAUUCCCAGCAACAAAAAGCAGUUCAAACGCAUGUGAAGGAUUCUCAAAAGAAAGGAGUGACAGUUACUCAGCAGAGUGCAAAGAAGGCACCAGAAGAAAGUAAGGAUGUCCCAAUUACAGUGACAGGCGAGUCAAAACAAAAUGAACUGGCAAAGUCCACAACUGGGAGAGCAGAGGAAUCUCAAAGGCAAGAGGUCCAAGUGUUAAUCUCUCACAUCACAGAGAUGCAAAGGGCUUCAGAUUCUAAAUCUGUGAGGAGUCUGUUCAGUAAAGUUCCAGAGUGGCUCAUGACUACAGAAAGAAAAUGUGAACUGCAAAAGUCUCUAGCAGAGAGUGAUACUCAAAAAAAUAAAGAAAUUCUUUUACAUUUAAAGAAGCUGGCAGAGGCUAAACUAAUGCAUAUAGAAGAUGGAACAAUGGAGAAGCAUGAAUGUGAGCCGGUUUCUGAGAAGGUGGUUUCUGGUGCUACAAGGAUAUCCAAGAUCAGUAUUGGUUCUGCCAAAAUUGAGAACGAAACAAAGAAAACGAGUGUAAAUGAAAGAUGGAAAGAAGAAGUGGGUCAGUGCAAGUCAUUUGACCUUCGAGCUCCCUCACCUUUACUCAGAAUGAGAUCUCCCUCCCCAACGUUCAUCACCAUCGAGUCCACACGAAGAACUGACUCACCCCAGAGAGUAACUCCGUCACCCACGCUGCUGCACAGACCGCCCACACCUCCCACUCCACCGCCACGCAGGUGUGACACCCCGACAUCACGCCUCACUAGAAUCACACCUUCUCCAACUUUUGACAGAGCAGAAAAUUUGGCUCGACUCAAAGACACGACAGCCAAACUCUCACGUGGCGUCACCCCACCGCCACUACUUCCCAAUCAGAUCCUAGAGAAGAAAUCAGAGAUUGUGGAAUCACCUCCGUCAUUCCAUCGACAAAUCAAAAUUGAGUACCAGGUUGGAGAGGCCUCAGGAGCAUUGAUUGCAACAGAAAAGCACAAAAAGAACUUAUCUGAGGAGGCUGAGGGUUUGAAUGCAAAUGAAACACAAAGUAAGUCUGAGACCCAGAUGUCAUCAGGUCAGAAUGACCCAGAUCUUGGAGAAGAUUCGGAUGUUUCAGAGAGAUUAUCUGCAUCUGUCAAAGAGAAGAGAGAAUUUUUCGAAGAGGCUCGAAAAGCUGAAAUUAAUAAGAUCUACGUGCGAAAAGAGCCCAUUGCUAUCCCCGAACGACUGGGCCCAGACAUGGAGGAGUGUGUGGAAGAAAAUAAGAACAAAGAAAAGGAUGAGGUUCCCAGGGCGGACAUGUCUAGUCUUGUAAACAAAUUUGAAUCACCAGAAGAGAAACUAUAUAUCAGAAAAGAGCUUAUCCCACUCACGGAGCGCCUUCACAAUGACACUGAAAGCACAGAUUGUGACAAAGAGAAAGCAAACAUCCUGGAAGAGAAGAUGCCAACUUUUGACAUCCAGGCUAUUAAAAAUGUUUUUGAACUGGGUGAGCAAAGUUCCUUAUUCAGAGAAGAGAAAAAGGAUCAGGAGGAGCUUGUGUCAUGCCUGAGUGAAACAACAGCAGACACUUCAAAGCGGGAAAGUCCUCAAGAGACAAAGGGAGGCUCAAGGCAGAGCACCCCCCUCCCUCUGCAGAAAAAUGAGGUGGAAACUGUGCCAGCCAAACCAUCAGCUUUCUCUGAAACCAAAUCAAUCACAGAGCAUUUCUCAGAUGUUGAUGAAUUUGGUAACAAGGUCACCGGAACAAUGACAGCUAUCACUGAGCACUCUCAGAGUGUGUCAACCCAUCCGGCUCCUUUCUCCUAUGCUGAUGCAGUUAAAAGAAAAGCUGCAGCAGCGAGGAGAACAGAGACGUAUGAUGAAGACGCUACAGAAAACUUGCUGAGGAACUUCCAUAAAACGUGGACAGAGAGCGAGACGGUUUUCAAAAGUCUUGGCUACACUGUUUCUGAGGAGUCAACAUCACAAAUGGUGUCACAUCAGACCAAGAUUGUCUCAUCUGGUUCGAGUUCCGAAGUCGGAGCUCUGCACAGUAUGUCGGAGGAGAGCUUAUCCGAUGGAUGCUCUGAUAGUGGACAAAAAAAAGUACCAUAAAUCCUGUUUCUGCUGUGAGCACUGCAGAAACAAAUUAAGCCUCGGAAAUUAUGUCUCCCUCCAUGGACAUUUCUACUGCUUACACCAUUACAAACAACUCCUCAAGUCCAAAGGGAAUCACGAUAAUGGACUCGGGCAGAAACCUCCCUCGGGAAGUGGUGGACCUAUCCCCUCAGAUGAGAAACUUGAAUGGAGAUAUUCCAUGAGCAGCAUAAGUUCAGCAGACAAAACAUUUGAUGAAAGCAAACCACACAGCAACAAAAUCUCUGUAGUUUGGCCCCCGCAGGCCGAUCCCCCCAAGAAAGCCUUUAAAAUAGAGGAAGAUAUUCAGCUAACUAAACCACAGUGGCCCCCUCCAGACAGCUCCCCUAAGUCCCCCAUACACCAACACAGAAAGGCUGUUCCCAGAAGUGUCCUUUGAAAUAAAGUCACCCAAGCACAGAGUUUAGUCAAAUACAUCCAAAGGAGAAGCACAAAAGACUGAAUGGUACAAUAAGAACUGUCCUGAAGGUACAGCUAAGGAUGACUGAAGGUCAUGCAGUUAAGUGAUAGAAAAAGGGAACAUGACAAGUAAGAAAAUGAAAAGGAAACAGUGUACAUACUUGUAAAUGUUGUGGAAAAGCAGGUUGAGAUAGUGAGUGCUAGAGAGAUAGAUGCAGAGCAAGUGUAGAAAGUGGAUGUAGACGUGUGGCAGUGUGCCUCCAACAGGUUUAUCCCCUCUGUAAAUUUUCAUUCAUUGCAGUUUAUUUUUUUUCUAAUGAUCAGCAAUCACUAUCAUGUACCAUUCAGUAUUUGAAGCAACAAGGUCAAAUCAAAAUUUAUAUCUUCUCUAACAAGUGUCAUUUGUCUCAUAAAGCUACUUCAUAAGUAUUGGUUUAACAUUUAUAAACAUGACACUACGGCAGGGCAAAUUCAUCAUCUGGAUUAAAAUAACACAAAAACUGCAAAGAAAUUACAUUCUCCGGUUUACUUAAGUCAUAUGUUUGGUUACUUUAAUCAGCUGGAUGUCUAAACCUUACAAUUUCCACUGCUCAUGAACAUCACACAGUAAAAGAAUCCAUGGACGCUAUUAUAAAUUGUUUUUUUUCCCUUAAUUGUAAAAUCAAUUGGUUUAUUAAAAUCCCUCUGUUUUUUUUACUCCUGCAUGCCAGUUCAGUGACAGUCUCAGUCCGUGGACUCCGCUUUUGUAUUAUUUUGAUGGGGCUUUUACCUUGCAUCACAUAAACACUGCUGUAUUUGCCUUUUUCUUAGCACCUGGUGUGCAGACUACUAAAAGCCUCUUGGAAUAAUUUUAUUUAUAAUAUUGAAAGUAUAUAAUAUAACAAAGUGAAUUGGUGAUAAUCAUGUUUGUUUUGGACAUUUGUACCCUAUUUUGAAACAACAAAUAUUUUGCAAUGAAGAAUUUUAUUUUUUAGCUUAGAUGGUUAUACCUUGCUUUGUACAAGAAGAUUCCUGAUGAUGUCAUGCUGUCAGGCUGGUUCACUUAUUAUAUUGCUGAUCUAAGGGCAAUAAAAUGUUGAAUUUCA